AUGCCUCUGAGCUUCCGCCAGUUCCGCUUCCUUUUGACAUAUGGGUCUGACUGGUGCCGGAUGAACUUCUUGGUCCUCUUUUUGACAAUCUUGGGUUUCACGAGGGGUCUGACGGCCGCCACCUCCGUAGGCAGCACCGAGGAAGAGAGGGGCACUCAGAAUGUCCAGCAUUUGUCAUAUCAGUGGAGGCUGUCCUACCAUACAGCCUCUAACAAAACUAGGCUGUGCCGAGCCCCUGCUAAUAGAAUUGUUUCCCUUAACACCAAGAAGAUUGGAGAAGCGCCAAAAUCUGCAUGUGGCAUGUGCCUAGGCCGACUUCGCAGAGUCUGUGCUGUGAGACCUAAAGUUCUAGUGAGGUUAUCUAAAAUGAAAAAACAUGUCAGCAGGGCUUGGCAUGAAUCCAUGUGUGCUAAACGUGUCUGUGACAGUAUCAGGAAAAUUGUUGUGAAAGUAGUGAAGGUACAAGCACAGAGUCAGAAAGCUAAAUAA